AUGCACGUUCAAAGCCAGACAACCGAAUUAAUCAACUCUAGGCUGGCCAAGGUUGAGCUACGUCUAGACAAACAGUCUGAACAGCCAUUGACUUCCACGCCUGCUUCAACAUCUGCACCCACGCGCCCGAAAGAGACAUUUUCCGUUUCUCCAGCUGUUUCUUCUGAGCCCAGUGUAUAUGAUGUAGCACCAUCUCCUGGUGGUGCAUUGUACGAGGGAACAUCAUCAUUUCUUCAGCAAUCUGUCCAGGCUAGCCAAGAGGUCCAACGCUCUGCAGCUGCAGAGAGUCCUGAAGCAGCACAGACAAUCAGCGAAUCAUUCAACCAACUGAACUCUAUCUUCAGGAGCCAUAAUGAUAGGAAGUUACCCUUCGCUGCCUCGACUCAUUCCAUGCCAGAAAUUACACCUCUACCGGCUUCAGUUGUCCUUACUAUUCUACCCAAUCCUACCAGAUUCUUUCCUGGCCAGGCCCUCACUGAUGUGCGUCUCAUUGAGCACCUGUGCCAAAAGGUCUACUUCCCAACGGAACCAGUAACUCUGGGACAUAUCACAAGCGUCAAUGGUAUCAUGCGACUACUCCUCCGCGAGUUCAUCAUCACAAAGGAUAGCCUAGGUGAAGAGCAUAACCUGGAGGAACUAAAAGCGCAGGCUGAGCGAAACUUUGAUCAAGGUCUUCAAACCUUUGAGCUUAUGACGGUGCCUAGUUUUGAGAACAUUCUGGCUAUCACAGCCGCGGUUCUCAAGAUUCAGAACGAAGCCGCUCCUGUCCUGGCCCGUUCAUUAGUCAACGCAGGCCUCAGUCACUGCCAGAUGAUGGGCUACCACCGAGAAGUAACCUAUCAGAAAGACCAAAGUGGCUUCGCUGACAAUAAGCGUCGGCUUUUCUGGACUCUUUAUGUCUUUGACAAGACAAACUCUCUCCAUUUCGGCAACGCCUCGAGGAUCCAGGACUUUGAAGUUGACGCACAUUAUCCCACUAUACAGGAUGACCCGGCUGAGAAGCCCUGGACUGAACUGUUUAUACUAGCCGUUAGGCUAGCCAAGAUCCAGGGUUUGAUAUUUGAUAAGCUUUAUUCUGUUGCUGGCCUACAGUCCCCUGCUGUAGAUCGCAGACAAUGGAUUGAUGCACUGGUCACUGACAUGCAUCAAUGGCGAUACGAAUUGGAUCAUAUGGAUGGAAGUACAGUGCGCUUUGCGGAGAUUCUCAAGCUUUCAAAGACCCAUUGGGACAUCAUGUACUACUCAACUCUAACCAUUCUGUUACGAGCUCCGGCAAUGCCAGGAAGUCAUCUUCUCGCAUUUUCGGGCUACGGUGGCGACAAGAUGCUCUCGAAAGCAGACUACAUUGACUGUCUUGAAGACGUAGAGAUUCUCGAGCAAGUAGUCACCACGUUCCGGAGCGCCAGAGAUAUCAACAUUGGAGCUGAGAAGCUCUAUCAAAUCUGUUCUACCUUUGCACGACUUGCCCGUCGAAUGGUCGAAUCUCGAAACACGUUAGUGGGUAUGUAUGAUCAGAAUAAUGAUACACUACAGGUGGCUGGUGUGUCCGAGAAUGAUCCCCUAACUUGGACGGAUAUGGCUGCUCAGCCUUCAGAACAACAGGCUGGGACUGAUGAUUUUGCGGACUUUCUUACUGAUGACAUGACCAACAUAUUGGCUGAUUGGAUCAACGGACAACCCCCAGCAUCUGAUAUGUUUGCUAUGGACUUUGGGGAAUGA